AUGGAAUUAGAAUCAACAGAGAGCCUGUGGUGUUUGGAAGUGGAAGAAAAUGAGAAACAGUGCCAACUUGAGAGGGAGAUUCCGAAUCUUCUUCAGGGUCAUGGAGGUAAAGGGGAAGAGCCUAACCAAACCCCAGAAGUAAUAAAGGACUGGUUGGCUAAGUUUGGCUACCUGCCUCCUCCUGACCCUGUAACUGGGCAACUGCAGACACAAGAACCAUUGACAAAAGCAGUUAAAGCCAUGCAGCGGUUUAGUGGCCUUGAAGAGACAGGAAUUCUUGAUGAGGCCACCCUGACGUUAAUGAAGACACCACGCUGCUCAUUGCCAGAUCUUCUCGAGUUAGGAAAGGUGAGGAGAAAGCGAUACACACAGACUGCCACAAAAUGGAAUAAAAGAAAUUUAUCUUGGAGAGUUAGAACAUUUCCCAAGGAUUCCCAUUUGGGCCAUGAUACCAUCCGUGCUCUCAUGUUUUAUGCUUUGAAGGUUUGGAGUGACAUCACUCCGCUGAAUUUCCAUGAAGUUCGUGGCGACAAUGCUGAUAUACAGAUAGACUUCUCCAGAGCAGACCAUCAUGAUGGAUACCCUUUUGAUGGACCAGGGGGUACUGUAGCCCAUGCAUUCUUUCCAGGGGACCAACACACUGCAGGGGACACACAUUUUGAUGAUGAUGAGUACUGGACUUUCAGAUCUGCAGAUACCCAUGGUAUGGAUCUGUUUGCUGUGGCUGUCCAUGAAUUUGGCCAUGCUAUUGGCCUCUCCCACAUUUCUACUGCUGAGUCCAUCAUGAGGCCAUACUUUCAAGGACCUGUUGGAGAUCCACUUAAGUAUGACCUCCCUUAUGAAGACAAGGUCCGCAUCUGGCAACUCUACGGUGUCAGGGAAUCUGUGUCCCCUACUCGAGCGUUGGCAGGAGCAAAAGACGUGAACACUGCAGAGUACCCAGCUCUACCAGCACUGUCAGCUAACCACUCCAGUAUCCAGCAAAGAAGAGAUGGCCCUGACAGGUGCAACACCCUGUUUGAUGCAGUGGCUCAAAUCAGAGGGGAAGCAUUCUUUUUCAAAGGAAAGUAUUUUUGGAGAUUGAAUCGCAGUAAGCAUCUGGUCUCUUUUCAGCCUGCACAGAUUCAUCGGUUCUGGAGGGGGUUACCCCCUAACAUGGACAGUGUGGAUGCAGUGUAUGAGAGAGCCACAGAUCACAAGAUUGUCUUUUUCAAAGGGAGCAGAUACUGGGUAUUUAAAGAUAAUAAUGUUGAGGAAGGUUACCCACGUCCUUUGACAGACUUCAGCCCAUCACUUGAAAGUGUUGAUGCAGCAUUCUAUUGGGUCCAUGACAGCAAGACAUACCUUUUUAAAGAUGGUUUACAUUGGCGAUUUGAUGAAAACAGCAGGAGGAUGGAUCUGGGAUAUCCAAAAGAGACCACCCCCUGGAAGGGGAUCCCAAGCUCCUUUGAUGAUGCUAUGCGAUGGCUAGAUGGUGCCAUUUAUUUCUUCAAAGGAAAAGAUUACUGGAAAGUGACAGAAAGCAGCCUUGAAGCAGUGCCUGGUUACCCACAAUCGACUGCAAGAGAUUGGUUGGCAUGUAGUGAAAUGCAGUCUGAUUCAUCAGACAUGGACAAUAGCAAGAGCAAGGUGCAGUCUAGACAGGGCCAUCAUGACUUGAGCCGGUCAGGAAAUGGGUAUGAGGUGUGCUCUUGUUCAGCCUCAGCAGAGUCACUCAGACCAUGGCACACAGCUGGACUUGUUGCUGCAGUGCUAAUCAGUUUACAGACAGUGAGAAUAACAGCUGCAGCAGUAUGAUGCAUACAGCAAAUCGAGCAGCUAGAGUGCUUCACAUCUUAUCGUAAAGACUAAAAACGGGAAGUAACCCAAAACCACAUUGUUGUUGUUAACUAUCAGACUAGACUGUCUAAGGCAGAAGAAUAAAGAUAGAAUCAUACAACACGUGUGGAAAAAAGUCUUUGUGUUACAGUAAACAGAAUUUCAAAUAGGGAAUCUUGGAUCCAAAUGUACCAGUCCAGAAUUUCAAAUAAGGAAUCCCGAUCCAAAUGUACCAAUCCAUUAGGCUGUAAUGAAGCAAGAGGUGAUAAUUAGAUAUUAAUAAUUGUGUGUUCACCUCAGCAUUUAGAUAAAACAGUCAAUAUUUAUUCCAUUUCUGGAAUCCAGCCACCUUAAUUGUAAUUUCAAAUUUCAAAGAGAUGGAGAAUAAUUUUUUUAAAAAUGAUUUUAUAAAAAGAAAAAAUUGCUGUAUGUUUUGUUACAUCAGAUAAACCCUGCUGAGUAGGGAAGAGUAGAGAAAUGCUUGGCUACUAAUUUCCUUUAUAAUAGGCAGAGAAACAGAGGCAGAAAAGUCAGAAGCAUAGCCUACAUUUUUAUAUAGUUCUGUAAGAAAACCUGGGGUAAUCUCUCUCUCUCUCUCUAGGCAGGAUGAAAAAAAUGUUUAAAAAUAAUAUAAAAUGGGCUUAUUUUUAAGAAGCUGUGUUAAGCAGAAUCAUAAUUCUUGACUUGGUUAGAAUUAUUUAUCAUUUUGUAUCAUAUUUCCUGUUUAUCUUGUUUAUACUUGGCAAAGAAUUGUAUUAGAGGUAAAUGCCAGAUGCUUUACAGGGGCAAUUUUGGAAAGGAUCUCAUCGACAUGUGGGGGAUAAGUGCCUAAUGAAUUGUAUUAUUUGUAAUAAAAUAUAUCCCCAGAUGCAUGACAGAUCAUAUUAAGUAAAUUAAGAAAAUGUCUCUAACUAAAAUGCUCCCUCUUAUCUGUAAGGCUUGUGUAUUUCCUGGAUUUCUUGAAUUAACUGGUUGACUCUCUUACAUAGUGUAUAUCAUGAUAUCCAGUUCCAUGUCAGAAAAUUUGCAUAAAAAAACAAAACCAUAGUCUGGAAUCUCAUCCUGGAAAAAUGCAAUAAAUAAGCUAUAAAAUG